AUGAAUGCUUUGAAUUUCUGCGGGGGAUCCAACAGUGGAGUCUAUCCUCUACACAGCUUCAACUCCGUCUGUUUCGACCACCACCAGAUGGCAGACCAGUACCAGGUUUAUUCAUUGGCCAAUCCAUCCUCGGUUAACACGUUCUCUGUUGCUGAAAGACUUGCCGAGUUGAUACUGGAGGCCCGUUAUGGGAACCAGCAGAAGCAGCGUCGGAGCCGCACAGCCUUCACUGUGUCCCAGCUACAGGCUCUAGAGAAAGCCUUCCAGCAGACCCAGUACCCUGAUGUAAGCAUGAGAGAAAGACUGGCUGUCUGCAUCAACUUGCCUGAAGCUCGCAUUCAGGUGUGGUUCAAGAACAGAAGAGCAAAGCUUCGUAAGGGACAGCGAUGCUCCCCUCUUCGCAGAGAGCAAAGCCUGGAGGAACCACAUCAGACCAAGGCAGGAGGGGAAGAGAGCACUACUAAGGACUCCAAAACACAAAGCAAAUUCGCUCCUCUCUGGGAAGUCAGUGAUGCUCCUACCAUUUCUUGUUCUGGAGACACCAUUGCAACUCAGGUCCACACAAGAUUACAUUAUCCUCCCGUUUUUCCCUUUGUGUAUGGAGAGCGGAACCACCUUCCACAUCAUCAUGCUUUAGGGAUGCUGUCAGCUGGCCUACAUUUCACCCCCAAAUUCUGGCCCAUUCUACAGCAACACAGCCCGGCCUUAGGAGUUGCCCCACCGGUUGGUAAAAACUGCAGCCUUUCCCUUCAGACUUUCUUUCCCAGUAAAGCUGUACCCCACCCCAAUUUGGGUCUAUAACUUCUCUGCAGUGUGUAAUGGCAAAAAGGGACUGGUACACUGGUGCACUAGUAUCAAUACGGACACAUAAACUACUGAUUGUAUACUUUGACACUGUACAUACUGUAUGUAUGUGUGAAGGACCUCUGACAAGUGAUUAUGUCUGUAGAUUAUUUGAUUGAUUAAGAUACACUCAAGGUAUGUUGUGAGCAUUCAGGAUCGCAAUCAGGAGUGGAUUGGUACAUACUUCAUUUGCAUAGAGAUGUUACAGUCAGUUUUUACUCACUUAUGACAAGCACUUAGGAGAAUAGAGAAUUGAGAUGUGAUUUCGGGCACUUUUUUCACAUCAUAUAUUCAUUUGUUCAAGACAAUUUUCUGUAAUGUCUCAAGGUAUGAUUUAAAAUAUAUAUUUAACUAGGCAAGUCAGUUAAGAACAAAGUCUUAUUUACAAUGACAGCCUAC